UUCAGCCUUCCCCGGCCACCAGUAGUGUCCUGGCAGCGCUACCAUGUUGUGGUCCGCUCUCCUACUCUUGUCUGCCGCGCAGGCUGCCCACAUCCUUCAGGGUCGGCCCGUCCAGGGGCUACCCCACCGCGCCCUCUACGUCCGACAAAUACCGGAGACUUUCGGCUACUCGGGAACCCUCUACCAGCCACCCCAGUACCAAUACUUUGACACCCAACAGUUUGCCCCUUACCCAUAUGGCGUGCAACCUCUGACAGCUGUGGUGCAGCUGAAGGGGGACAGCGAUGUGGAGGGCGUCCUCAUGAUGGUGCAGCCUCACCCUCCAAACGGACCGGUCUUCGUCAAUGGUAACAUUACCGGAUUGUCCCCUGGCAAGCACGGCUUCCACAUCCACACCUACGGUGACUUGAGGGACGGCUGUACCAGUGCUGGCCCACACUACAACCCCUACCAGACGAACCAUGGAGGCCCGGUGGACCCCUACAGGCAUGUCGGGGAUCUUGGCAACAUCGUGGCGGGAGAGGACGGUGUGGUCCAGAUACAACUGUCAGACCACGCCUUUUCGCUGACCGGACCCACCAGCGUGGUGGGCAGGAGUGUCGUCGUCCACGAGAAGGAGGAUGAUCUGGGCAGAGGAGGUGACCAAGAAUCCCUGAAGAGUGGCAACUCUGGCAAGAGGCUGGCCUGUGGUAUCAUCGGUCUGGCAGAGAUCUCCAUUCCACCACCACCUCCUCCACCUCAACAACCUCCACCACCUCCACCACCGGCUGCCACCCCCAUGGAGCCUGAGCAGUGACGUGGACGAAGGUUUACUUCUAGACAGUAAUAUCUGGAAUUUCAACUCUAAAAUUUCUUAAAAUGGAAAUUUGCUCACGUUAACUAAACAUUUUCUAUUCUAUUGACGAAAAUGUCAGGUAUUUUAACACUAAAAAUGUAAAAAAUAGUACAUCGCACGAUACACAAAUUAUACACAUUAGAAAAAAUAAGGUUUUUUGACAGCAGUCAUUUAAAAAAAAAAGUCCACUUAAAAAAAAUUUUUAAAUGAGUUCAGGUUAUAAAUGAAAAAAAAAAACAGUUACCUUCGCAUAAUUUUAAGCAUAUUAUUGAACAUGAGAUUCGGUGAUGCCAAACUACCAUUUUUAGAUUUAAGGUGUGUAAGUGCUUUCAUUAAAUACAUAGAACUUAACAUAUCUUUAUAUUAUGACCCGAUAAUAUAAUAUAGUUGAUAUAUAGUUUUAUGUAAAUAAAUCCUAAUAAUGAAUCACCACUUGUAUAAUUUUGUAUUAAAUGUACUUCCCGAUGUA